AUGUGCAAACACGUCCUCAACGCUCAAGUAGCCAUCCGCUCUCCCUGCUGCCGAAAAUGGUUCGACUGCGCCGAAUGCCACCUCGAACAAGAAACCCACCCGCUCACCAAAUCCACCGAAAUGAUAUUUGCCUGUAAAAAGUGCAAGAAGUGUUUCCGGAAGGACGCGACGGAGUUCGAUGAGAGUGACGAGUACUGCCCGCACUGCGAUAACCAUUUUGUGAUCGACGCUGUUACGCCCAAGGCUGCGUUGCAGGUUGAGGGUGAUGAUGCUCGGAUUGAUUCUAGAAUGAUCAAGGACGACCGUGUACGGGAACACAAGGAAAAGUCAAUAUUCAAUUUCAAGGAUAUAUCGGAUCGGCUAGGCUGA